CUUCGGAAACUGGACUAUUGGAAACAGUGUGAUCGAAAUUUUUUGCCCCUCCUUAAAUAUGUCACAAGAAUUUCAUAAAUGCUUAGUACGUUGUGCAUGAACUUUGACAAAGUAAUGAAAGAAUUGAUUGCAAAUGAAACUGAUUACAGAAAAUUUUAUUCACAAAAUUGAUUAAGUUAUUAUUGCCAUCACAGUUAUAACAAUAUUUAAACUCAAAGACACAGAGUAAAUCAGAUUGCACCCUGUUCCUUUCCUUCAAACAAUUAACCAAGUCGCCAUAUCAAGGGCCCGUAAUUUUGACUUAGCAGACGAGAAAAGACUAACUGUUAUGGAUACAAUGAAAUAUAAGAAAGAUGCUGAAGAACUCGCUGACAGCAUUUUGUAUUUGGAAGAAGUAUGUGAAGAUAAGGGUGACGUCACAUAUAUGUUAAGGUGGGUAGUUAGGGAUUAUUCAAGAUUUAUGCCCGGAAUACAAUAUCAUUGUCAUUAUAUCCGAAUAGGGAAAUGUAUCCAUAGUUUAAAGGUACUGAAACAUGACACAAAAGUUAAAGAUAUAAGGGACAAAAGGUUGUACAGCAUUCUUCUUGGUCUAACGCCUGCAUCAUCUUGCGCAAAUAUUUCAUUCGUGUUAAUUGGCAGAAGGAAUAAAGAGAUUCGCCCGCAAAAUAAAGUAAAUUUGGGUUGCAAUCCUGAUCGCAAAUGCUUUUUUGAAUUCGCAGAAUCUGAUUUGCACACGGAUCAUCUGGAGCUGGUUGCUUUAUGCAGGAUAACAGUCGUCGGAAAGGUGAACGUUUCGCCUGGUAUCGAAAAGAGUACGAUUCUUCAAGAUUUCGAAGCUCUCUAUAACAGCGGACUUUUUUCAGAUGUGAUACUCUGCAUUGGAGGCAGAGAAUUUAAUGUGCACAAAGCUGUCCUAGCAGCAAGAUCUCCUGUUUUUGCAGCUAUGUUUCGGAAUGAAAUGAAAGAAAAUUCCGAGAACAGAAUACAGAUCGAAGAUUCUAAUGAAAUAGCAGUUGAGGAAUUGCUUCGAUAUUUAUAUGCUGAGAAAACGAUUCCGUUGACACCAUAUCUCGCUUUAGACCUUUUUGAAUUAGCUGACAAAUACGAUAUCCAGAAUCUUAAAGCGGAAACAGUUGAUUAUUUGAAAUGCAACUUUUCCGUUGAGAAUAUACUUGACAUUCUAGUUGCUGCUGAUCUGCAUGAUGAAAGAGCAUUGAAAGCAGAAGCCAUCGAAUUUAUCUCAAACAACUUAUGGCAUUUGUUAAAAACGGCAAAAUGGAAAAUAUUCCGUACUAAUCUGGAACUAGUGGAUUGCAUAUUAGCCUAUUUAAGUUAGUAGACCAUUAAUUUUAUUGCCUCUUUACAGCAAUUUUAAUCGUUCAAAUAUGUGCAAGCUCAUAAACCAUUAAA